UUAAGGUGAAGGAUUGUUGCUUUGAAAUAUAAUUGUAAUAAAGUGCUAAAUAAAGAUUGUCUCAAUAAUUCUACAUGGUGGCAGCGAACUUGCAAAUACUCCGAGGAAUAUUUGGCAAGUAGAACCUUCUUCGAAGAGCAGAAAUAGAGUUAAAUAAAUACAGGAAUGGCAGAGAAUCAAGCAGGGAGCCAUGUGCUUGCCAACAUGGCAACAGUAUCAGCUCCUUCUGAGUUUAAUUUCUCCCUUCCAGGAUCAUGGAAUCAGUGAAAAAAGAGGUUACAAAGAUAUAUGUCGGUUAGCGGUUUUAUAAACAAACCAGAAGCUGAAAAAAUUGAUAUGCUAGUGUAUCUAAUGGGGGCAGAAGCAGAGGAAAUUAUAACUCAAUUUAAUCUAACACCCGCACAGCAAGUAUAUAGUAUUAUUAUCGAGAAGUUUGAGGCUCAUUUUAUACCCCAAAAGAACGUAAUAUUUGAACGAUUCAAGUUCAACACACGUAGUCAACAGCCAGGGGAGUCGGUGGAGGCAUAUAUCACUGCACUUCAUAGCCUUGCAGAGCAUUGUAGUUAUGGGGCUCUAAAAGAUGAGUUAAUAAGAGACCGCAUAGUAGUAGGAGUUUUAGAUGUAAAAGUAAGUGAGAGGUUACAACUCCAAAAGAACCUAACAUUAGGGGAAGCUGUAUUAACAGUACAUCAAGCCGAGCUGCAGAAUUCUCAAAACAAGAUUCUUAGGCAAGAACGAGUACAAGAAGUAGCUACGGUCAAUGCACACAGAGGUAACUACUGGUCACAAUCACAAGCAGAACCAAAUAAAUAUGGACAACAGAACACACAGGGGAAAUCCAACAAAAACUACAAAUGUACAUACUGUAGUGUACCAAGCUGCAACAGUCGAGAAAGAUGUCCAGCAAAAGAUAGUCGUUGUCGAUUAUGUGGAAAGAAAGGACAUUGGCAAGCUAGAUGUAGAUCCGGCAGGAAUGUAAGAGUAGUUGAAGGUCAAAACUGUGCUGAAAGUGAGGUAGGAAUAGAAAAUGAAAUGGAAAACUUACAGAAUUUAAAAUGGAAUACCGACACAAAUCUGGGGCCGUAAAGAGGAAAGAAAAACAUGAAAGAGAGGAGAAUGCAAAGAAAGGCCAACAGAAGCUGUCUGUUUUCUUUACACAGCCGAAAAAUGUGUCAAAUGAAGAGAAAGAAACUAACAUUGAAAAUGAUCCCUUAAUCUUGCCGGGCACUUCAAAUUCACAAAUACCCUCCAACAGCUAAAAUGUUGGUCGUGAGCUAUCCUCACUUAGUAGUGACGAGUUUUUAACUCCAUUACAGUUAGAAGAACGUGACGAACAGGAUGAGGCAGUGUCAGCGUCUACGAACAUUUUGAGCCAACCAGAAGUUUUUGAUGUAGGCAAUUUGAGUUUGUUACAACUUAGUACUAAAGAAGUUGAAGCUGCUGUCACAAAGGGGCCACAAGCUCAUCCCAACAUGUUUCCUGCAGACUCAACGAGACGGCAAUUUCCUUUAUCUCUGCUUAAAUUUAAACUACCCAAUAAUGAAGUUGUUCCAAGGGAUUGGCUUGUUUGGAGCGAAGUGAAACAGGCUUUGUUUUGCUUUCCUUGUCGGCUGUUUUGUACUCAGACAGAGGUGGUGCGAUCCAAAUUCGCCUCAGUUAGUGGGUAUCCAAAAGAACAUAAAUGGAAAAAGUUGUACGAAAAGAUUCCUGAGCACCAAAACAGCCUUAGCCAUAAAGAAUGUUACUUAAAAUGGAAAGAUCUGGAAUUAAAUCUUAACAAAGGAGGUACUAUAUUUGGUAGCAUUGAAAAACAAUUGCAGAAUGAAAUCACUACCUGGAAACAGAUCUUACACAGACUCCUUCACGUAACUUUAUUUUUAAGUGAGCGAUGUCUCUCUUUUAGAGGAGAAACUCAAAAGGUGGGUCAUCAAAACAACGGCAAUUUUUUGGGCGUGCUAGAACUUUUAGGUCAUUAUGACCCUAUUUUAUCGAAGCAUCUAGAUCAGGUUAAGCAAUCUCAAGAAUCGAAUAAGAGAAUGCAAGUGCAUUAUUUGUCUUGGAGAACUCAAAACGAGUUCAUAGCAAGUUGUGCUGAUUAUGUAAGGAAAGUUAUUGUGGACGAACUCAAACGAUCUAAAUACUAUUCUAUUAUGGUUGACGCUACACCAGACUCAAGUUUUUCAAGUAGAACAGACCUCUUUUGUAUUUAGAUACAUUAUUUUCAAAGAAGAUGUAAAAGAAUAUGAAAUCCAUGAACGAUUUUUGGAGUUUUCCGACUGCAAUGAAAAACUGGAGAAGACAUCGCAAAUCUAAUCAAAGAAGUUCUUAAAAAAUAUGACAUAUCCUUAGAUGACUGUAGAGGACAGGGAUUCGAUAACGGCAGUAAUAUGAGUGGCAAGUAUAAGGGUGUUCAGGCUCAUAUUUUAAAAUCAAACCCUCUGGCUGUGUACUCACCAUGUGGAUGCCACAGUUUGAACUUAUGUGGAGUAUGCGCUACUGAGAAUUGUACUGAAGCACAGACUUUCUUUGGUGUUGUUCAGAAUCUGUACAAUUUAUUCAGUUGCAGCCCGAAAAGAUGGGAGCUUCUGAAAGAGAUAGUGGGAUCUUCACUGCACUCAUUGUCUGAUACGAGGUGGAGUGCUAGAGUAGAAUGUGUGAAACCAAUAGCGGCACACAUAGGCAAAAUCAUUGAGGCAGUUUCAUCAUUGUUGAAUCUUAACGUAACUGUUGAAACGAGAGCCACAAUCAAUGGGGUUUUAGAAUAUCUUAACACCUUCAAGUGCAUCCUCAUGGCGUCAAUUUGGGUGAAAGUGUUGGUACCCAUCAACUACAGAAGUCAACUACUUCAAACUAUGGACGCUACUUAGGAUGUUGAGAGUAGUAAUAUAGAGAGCCUAAUUGAUGAUUUAAGUGCCUUAAGAAAUAACUGGGACAAGAUAUUGUCUGAAUGCAAACAUGUUGCAAAUGCUUAUGGUAUCGAACCGGAACUCUCCACUUCCCGUGCGAGAAAGAGGAAGACUUUUCACGAUGAAACAGCUACAGAAGAUGUAAUGUUAAAUUUAUCCCCGGAAGAACGCUUCAAAACAGAAGUUUUUUACACAAUAAUUGAUGUUUUGGUGGCCAACCUGAAAACGAGGUUCACAGCACUGAGAGAAAUCGAAAUGAAAUUUUUAUUUUUAUGGAAGUAUAACGAAAUGGACGAGAAUACGAUCUCAGAAAGUUGUGUAAGAUUCGCCGAAGAGUACAAUUCAGAUGUAAGCAGGGAUCUAGUUGAUGAAAUGAUUUACUUGAAAACUGUUAGUAAAUCAAACAUCUCAGAUACGUCGCUGAAACCAGCAAAACUUUUGAACAAGCUCGUGUCCCUUAAUGUGACAAAUCUUUUCCCCAAUGUGUGCAUUGCUCUUCGCAUAUUCUGUUGCCUACCAGUAUCCGUUGCUCAGGCCGAGAGAUCAUUUAGUGUUUUGAGCCGAAUUAAGAAUUGUUUAAGAUCUACUAUGGGUCAACAACGAUUAUCUGAUUUGGGACUGUUAAGGCCGCGUCCCACCAUCAAAUAAUUUGAUCAAACUUGACAGUUAGUGACACAAAGUGACAGUUAGUGACGUCACAUCCUGAGUGUUCAUUGUGGAUAAUAAUGAAAAAUUUUAAUUUUAAAUAAAGUACAAACAAGUUAGACAAUUCAAUACAAAGAAUUUGAUCAAACUAGACUGAUAGUGAGAGCAAAGAUUUUUAGAAUUUCAAAAAAACUGCAAUUGUGACGUCACUUUGACGUACUUCCGGAGUUUGCUCAAACUGUUUGAUCAAAUUAUUUGAUGGUGAGACGCGGUCUUUAAGCAUAGAGUCGAAACUUGCAAAAACUCUUGAUUUCGACCACGUGAUCCAAAACUUUGCGGAUAUGAAAGCAAGAAAAGUUAUGUUGUAACUAACAGUUCUAUUGUAAAUAAUUAAAAACAAAGUUUAAUUGUUAAAA